CGCGAGCCACCUUCUCGGCGCGCCGGCCGGGCCUCGCCAGCCCUGCGCCCGCCUGACGGCGCAUGGCCCCGGCGUCGCUCAGCAUGAACCCCGCUGGGCUCCAGACGUUCGGCGGGGGGCGCGCGGGGCCCGGCCCGCUGCCCUUCAGCGUCGAGUCGCUGCUGGAGGCGGAGCGCGGGCUGGACGCGGGGCCCACCGAGCCCCGGGAGGAGAGGCCACGGGGCACCGCGGAGCCCUGGGCCUGGUUCCCGCCGGCCGCCCGCUCGUCCUCCCCACGCGCCCCCAGCCCUCCGCCCUGCGCCCUCCGAAAGCACAGGACCAACCGCAAGCCGCGGACGCCCUUCACCACCGCGCAGCUGCUGGCGCUGGAGCGCAAGUUCCGCCAGAAGCAGUACCUGUCGGUGGCCGAGCGCGCCGAGUUCUCCAGCAGCCUGAGCCUCAGCGAGACGCAGGUCAAGAUCUGGUUCCAGAACCGCCGCGCCAAGGCCAAGCGGCUGCAGGAGGCCGAGCUGGAGAAGCUGAAGCUGGCGGCCAAGCCGCUGCUGCCCUCCUUCGCCCUGGGCGCGCCCCUGCCCGGCCCCCCGGCCGCGUACGCGGGCGCAGCGGGCUCCCCGCCGCAGGCGCCAGGACUCGUCGCCGCGCCCGUCGCUGCCUACCGCAUGUAUUACCUGUCCUAGGGCAACGGGGGGCUGCGACGUGGGUCCCAGCGCCAGCGCGCCCGCCGCGUCCGUCCGGGCGCGGAACUCGGCCCUGGGUGGCCUCCCGGAGCCUCCGGUGCCUUUGUGUCUCAUUUUUCCGUUUUUGUGUUUCCCCCGUCGUCGAUACACGUGAUGACCGAUGCCUCGAGCGCACUCGUGGGCACCUUACACACAUUUUAAAACGGGGGUUAAAAACCCCGUGCCUCCCACACUUCCGUGAAAAGCGGUGAAUGGUUUCGUGCAGCGCCCUCGGAGCUUCCCGUUUUGUGCAAACCGUGAGGCGUCGUGGGGUUUACUCCGUGGCGCGCUCCUGCGCCCCUAACCCGGGCAGCAGGGCGCUCAGAACUGGCUACGAGACUGAGGCCCGAACCGCGGGGCAGACAGUUUGGAGCCAGGGCCUUUAGGUGAAACUCACCAGCUACGUCCCCGGAUGAGGUCUGGUGCCGUCCCGACCACAUGGAAACCCGCACGCCCACUUUAGGGACCCCCCACACUUACGGUUUUCGUAGGGCGCGCCCAGCAGCCUGCGGUGAACUACUGUCUGGGGGCGUGCGUGGGGUCCACGUGUGGGGGUGGGU